AUGUUUCUUCAGCUCCUCCACCUAGCACAAGCCGCGCUGGCGGGCUACGGCGCCCAGCAGUCCUACGUCGCCAUCACCAACCUUCUCAAGUACGAAGACGCAUCCAAGAAAGCCGCCAAGAUCUCCAACGAAGCCGGCCACCAGCUGCACAAGACGCGCACGACGCACACCUCGGGCGCCGCCGCGCUGACCGUCUCCCUACUCGUCAGUCUCCUGCUCGCCGUGCGCGGGUCCUCGUACGGCUUCCUCGUGCGCUACCUGGCGUCGCCAGUCAUGUUGGCGGCGGUGUUCUUCGCGCGCGCGCACGUGCAGGAGUACUGGGCCGGACGCGACGGCAAGACGGUGGGCGUCAAGGUGCCGUUGCCGAAGAUGGAGGGCUAUAAUGAGGCGCAGGCGAAGACGGAGGAGCUGCUGAAGGUGCUGGGGUGGUUGGUUAUGAGUUGGGCUGCUACUUCGGUUGUGGCUUUGUUUGGGGGGUAUUGA